AUGGAUAACCAGAGCAGAUUCCAGCCAAGUUAUUUUGAUUUGAUUCAACAUAGACAUCGACAGUCAUUGCCCUGUCUAUCCGCUUCACUGGCAUCAGACAGACCUGAUGAUAUUGAGCUAGGAGAACUUGAAGAGCGAGCUGUUGAUUCCGCAGAUGUCAGAGUCAACAAUGUUCUGCUGUUCGGUAUUCCCAUAGUUGGUCUUACAGUGGAUAAUAAGGAACGCCUUUGUUUGGCUCAGAUUUCUAACACCUUGCUUCGGGACUUCAGUUAUAAUGAGAUCCAUAAUCGACGAGUUGCUUUAGGUAUAACUUGUAUGCAGUGUUCGGCAUCUCAGCUGGAGAUCCUCCGACGAACAGGUGCUAUGCCGAUUUCCUCUAGAAGAUGUGGUCUUAUCACAAAACGUGAAGCAGAAAGAUUAGUGAAGUCGUUUGUAGAAGAAAUUCCACCACCAAGACUACCCGACGAUUUCUCUUUUCAUGUGAAGCAUCACUGUGGAUGGGGUUGCAAAGGAUUAUUUCAACCGUCACGGUAUAACAGUUCCAGAGCUAAAUGCAUUAAAUGCUACCACUGCGACAACUACUUUUCACCAAACAAGUUCAUUUUCCAUUAUCAUAAGCUUGAAAGCUCUGAAUAUCGUCAUCCAGAUGCUGCUAAUUUCAACUCAUGGAGACGACAUCUUUUUCUGACUGAUGAGAAUCCGCAGGAAUCUUUGCUUCACGCUUGGGAGGAUGUAAAGGCAAUGUUCAAUGGCGGCUGCCGCAAGAGAUUCUCUACCUCUACAAGAAGU